AUGAGUUUGAUCUAUGACGAUAGAAGAAGAAUGUUGUUCAAGCAGAUUUUUACUCACCUAUCAACGAUCAAAUCCUGUAUUCGUUCGUUUUCUCGUUCUACUCGUUUGUACAGUAAAGAAUUUGUUGAUCGUCAUCUGCAAACUCUUAUUGACGACCAUGAAUUCGCUUCUGCAUCGUCUGCCUUGCUACAUAUUCGAUCCUCCGGUCAUCGUGUUUACAUUAUUCAGCCAUCCAUGAAAUUCAAAGCGCGAGGUCGCCAAUCGACCACUGCUGACUUGCAAUUAGCAGAGUCCAUUUCACUGAUUCACACUUUGAACAAGUGGCGAGUUGUUGGACAUGGAAUUUAUACAUUAAAAACAAGCGGCUCUCAACGGUAUCUAUACGGAAAAGGCAACAUCGAAAAGAUCACUGAGGAAGUUCGUCAAUGUCAAGCAACAGCAGUGUUCGUGUCAAUUGACCGUCUUUCACUUGUUCAAAUAGAUGGAUUGACCGAAAAAUUUCGUGUACCUGUCUACGAUCGGUAUUCAAUUGUACUUCAAAUUUUCAAAAAUCACGCUCAAAGUGGUGCUGCUAAACUGCAAGUUGCUCUGGCGGAAAUUCCUCUAUUAAGAUAUCGUAAAAAUGAUUCCGAAUUAUUCAAAGAUCGCGAACGAAAUCUUCGUGCUGAAGUGAUGAAACUUGAAGAACAUCGAAAACUGAUCAAACGUCGACGCGUAUCGAUGGAUAUUCCUACUGUUGCAGUUGUUGGAUAUACAAAUGCUGGUAAAACAUCAUUGAUCAAAGCUUUAUCGAAAGAUGCGUCCUUACAGCCAAAAAAUCAAUUAUUUGCUACAUUAGAUGUCACAACUCAUGCUGGUACUCUUUCUAAUGCUUUAAAUGUUCUCUAUGUGGAUACGGUUGGCUUUAUUGCUGAUAUUCCGACGACAUUGAUCGAAGCUUUUCGUGCGACAUUAAAUGAUGCCAUUGAUGCUCAUUUAUUAGUUCAUGUUUGCGAUAUUAGCCAUCCAGAUUAUCUAGUGCAACGAAAGAUUGUUAUACAAACAUUAAACGAACUCAAUGUUUCUCCAGCGAAGAUGCAAUCGAUGAUAACUGUUUUUAAUAAAUCUGACCUAUUAGAAAAAGAAGUUACUUCGUCAGAGCAAUUCAAUUCAGAAAAGAACAGCGGAUUAUUUGUUUCGUGCAACACUGGCCAAGGUCUUGAUCGGCUUAUCGAAACAAUACAAAACAAACUAAUGGUUGCUAGUGAACGUGUUUCAUGUCAAUACCGUGUGCUACAAGGAGGACAACUUUAUCAAACACUCGCGGAUGGGAACAUAUGUUCCAUCGAGUCGAUGACUGUCGAUGAAAAUGAUUCACAAUUUAUUCAUUUGAAAUGUCUUUUUUCCAAAAGUGGCUAUGCGAAGUUUCAAUCGCGUUAUCCCGGUGCUGCGAAAUACCAAGUUUCAACUGACUGA